GAACCGAUGACUUGAUUUCAAGAGUUUUCCAUUAAAAGGAAAUGAAAGAAGCGGAGAAAGAAAAAGAUUCAUAGAACUUAAAACACACACCAGAAUCCAAUAAAUAUGAGAAAAUAUGUGAUCAAUCAGGCUUCCAUCGCACGAGUGUACAGGAAACAUUAAAAAGAACACACAAUAUUUCUCUCAACUUCAUAGUUUCUCCGCCGGGAUUCAUCUGUGCAAAUCGGCGUUUUGCCACCUGCCAUUGUUGCAAUGCAAGGAUGUAUUAUCAUCAUGGCGUAACGCCUUGACGGAGGAGGAGGGAAACCAUGAUUUCCCAGGUGGAGCCAGAUCCGUCGAUUCAAAAUCGGCUCCCUGGAAGCGGCCACACUUCUCCCUCCCCGCCGACGUCACCUCGUCUCUGCCGGAGCCGGUCGAAAUCCUCCGUACAGCACAGUCGGUCUUUCGCCCACCGCACCUCUUGGAUCCUCCUAUCGGUUCUUCUCCGGCGUCAGGGAAUUCUGCUCUUCGCUCCUCUCAUCUACAUCUCCUGUAUGCUGUUUCACAUGCGCGCGGCGUCGUUCGAUGCGGGACCCAUCAUCAAUCGCCGUCCCGCGCCGGGAUCCGUCUACAGAAGCCCUCAGGUCUACGCUAAGCUGCGCGCGGAGAUUGACGCCGAUAAUACCACGGCUGAUGCGAUAUCAACAAUUUGGAAACGUUCCUAUAAAGGUGUGGAGUGGAAGCCAUGCGUGAACAAGUCUAAUGGAGUUUUACCUGAGUCGAAUGGUUUCAUAUUCAUUGAGGCAAAUGGAGGCUUGAAUCAGCAGCGGACUUCGAUAUGCAAUGCGGUUGCUGUGGCGGGCUACCUUAAUGCGACCCUUGUAAUUCCCAACUUUCACUAUCACAGCAUAUGGAAAGAUCCGAGUAAAUUUGGGGACAUCUAUGAUGAAGAAUACUUUGUCACUACCUUAGAAAAUGAUGUGCGAGUGGUCGAUACAGUUCCUGAAUACUUAAUGGAGCGUUUUGACUAUAACUUAACAAAUGUCUACAACUUCAGAGUGAAAGCAUGGGCACCAACUCACUAUUACCGGGACUCAAUCCUGCCAAAGCUACUCGAAGAAAAGGUUAUAAGAAUUUCCCCAUUUGCAAAUAGACUUUCGUUUGAUGCUCCUAGAGCUGUCCAGAGAUUUAGAUGUUUGGCGAAUAAUGUAGCUUUGCGAUUUGCGAAACCCAUACUGACCCAAGGAGAAACACUGGUGAAGAAAAUGAAGGAGCUUAGUGCAAACAACGCCGGGAAGUACGUUUCUGUGCAUCUUCGUUUUGAAGAGGACAUGGUAGCUUUCUCUUGUUGUGUAUUUGAUGGUGGCGACCAAGAGAAACAAGACAUGAUUGCGGCGAGAGAACGGGGAUGGAAAGGGAAGUUCACAAAGCCGGGCCGCGUGAUACGACCAGGAGCUAUAAGGCUCAACGGGAAAUGCCCUUUAACUCCUUUAGAGGUGGGUUUGAUGCUUAGAGGAAUGGGCUUCAACAAAAGCACAUAUAUAUACCUGGCUUCUGGCCCGAUAUAUAGUGCGAAUAGAACGAUGGCUCCACUACUCGAGAUGUUCCCUAAUCUACAGACAAAGGAGAUGCUUGCGUCUGAGGAAGAACUGGCUCCUUUUAAGAACUUCUCCUCGAGAAUGGCUGCACUAGAUUACACAGUGUGUCUCCACAGUGAGGUCUUUGUGACAACACAAGGAGGAAACUUCCCUCAUUUCCUCAUGGGGCAUCGGAGAUAUUUGUUUGGAGGCCAUUCAAAGACGAUUCGGCCUGACAAGCGAAAGUUAGCCGUACUCUUCGACAAUCCCAAGUUGCGAUGGAGAAGUUUUAAACAUCAAAUGCUAAGCAUGAGGUCUCAUAGCGACUCCAAAGGGUUUGAGCUGAAACGACCUAGUGACUCCAUAUACAUAUUCCCUUGCCCUGACUGUAUGUGCCGCAGGAACAAAACUACAGCAACCACCUGACACAUUGUUGCCAGAGAUUCUGGAAUCUGGUCCAUUAUUUAAUUUCAUUGUAUGGUAAUUCUUUCAAUUAUUUGGCUACAUCCGCAUUCAAAAGGAGCAAUAGAGAGAGAGGACUAGCCUGCGCUUGGAGGGCCUUCCCAAGCAUUCUUCAUGGGUGAGAUUUCUGACACAUUGAAGUUGAUGUGUCUAAAAUGAGGAACUGAGAUUAGGUCCCACCAGAUUGAAGCGCUUGCGUUUUGUGUACAUUCAGUGUGUAGUGUUGGGGUUAGGGGAUAAGAAAGCUGCCCAAAAAGUUUUGUACAUUGAUCGGUUCCUUUUGUUUUAUCUUUUAUAAACUCUUUAAAAUAGCUUUUAAAGACACUCUUAUAUUAUGGUUCAUCCAAGUGAAUGUGUGUUCCGUAAAAUUUGGUUAGUGUCUAUUUGCUUCGCUGCUUUUCAAGGUAAAGACACUUGGUCCUUUCUCGUUUGUAUAAUUUAUACUGGUGAAAUCACUUGAUGCGUUCAUUGCAGACACUCAGUGAUGAAAUCCACUACUACUUCCAGAAAUUAAUUUCAUUGCACAUCUCUUGUUUGCUUUACUAAGCAC